AUGAUGGAAGAUCCAUUGACUUUCUUUGAUGAAGAACAUUUCUCUGCUGUGGAUUUUAUUGAUGCCAUAUUCACAAAUACCUCUCCCAAUGCCGCGAAUCUCAAUAAUAAUAGUGGGUUGGCGAUGUUCCUGAAGAAUUUGACUGGUGUACUCCAGAACCUCCAGCUAUCGGCCAAUGAAUUACAACUAGGAUUGAAUAGCUCAAUAAAUAGUCUUGUACGUGCUGGAAGUGUAUUGGGAAGCUCAGAAGCUAAAAUAAUGGGGGUUUAUGAUAAUGGUAAGGUAGAAGAUCAGGAAGAAAAUAAUGGCGAGGAUGAAGAUGAUGACGAUGCUGAUCAUGAAGAUCAAGUAACGCGACUCCAGUAUUACGUUGACAGUGUAUUAAAUCUAGUUCAUGACUUAAAACAGGAAUCAGAGGAUGUGGUUAAGGCCUAUAGAACGGUUAAAAAGGGGGCAGAAGAUCUGGAUCUCCCAGUGAAUACACUUGUAUCGUUGAGAACGGUGCAAUCUCGAUUGAAUCAAGUUUUCAAAUUAUUCGAAACUGCAAAGUUCAUCGCCACGAUAUCGUUAAAUUCAGAAUCCGAGGAGAAAGAUGGCGAUAAAACAGGAGACGCGUUAGCCCCGACCAGCGGGGAAGAUGGUUUAACAAAAUCAGAAGAAGAUUCUACGCUUGUGGUCACUCCCGACGUGUUUCGCAACUCGCUUGAAAUCUUGGAGGAUAUCCUCGUGGAACAACUUGCGGUUAAUAAGCUGGUGGUAAAUGGUGCCACCAGUCGCAAGGCCUUGGAGGCGGUAGAUCUGGCGAAUAAAGAUAUCAUUGCAAAAAUCGAUUCAUUGGUAAAACUCAAGGAUUUCUUCAAAGGAUUAAGACUGUAUGACUCUGCAUAUUCUAAUUUUGUCAAUAAGAUGGCGAAGGAACAGAAAGUAUUUAUCAGUGUCAUUGAAAAUAAAAAACAAGAGAUGAAUGAGGCUACUAAAACGAAGGUAGCCACCGUCUAUGAACCUUCUACUACAACAAUUGGUAAAGAAGUGAAAACAGAAGCCUCGACUCCUCCGCCUCCACCACCACCCGAAAAGAAGAUGACUAUUAAAGAAGAAACAGCAGCCACGGCCACCGGAUUUGGGGGGUUUAUGAAUUUCUUUGGAAAGAAUCUUUAA